AUGACGUCAUAUCUAUCCUGCAUUUUGAAGAUACGGGUUAAACAUGAAGCGUCUUAUAUUUGUAGGACACUGGAAAUGAAGUUAUCAAUCCUGUUUGUUGCUUUCUUGACUACCGUCAAGGCUGAUCUAGCAUGCCCCGAUGGCUUUUGGGAUGACUCUUGCUCUAGCCAAUGUGGUAACUGUACAGAAUCUAAAUGUGACAAACGUACUGGAAAUUGCAACAGGUGCAUGUAUGGAUGGGCUCUGCCAAAAUGUACACACUGCGUCAUAGAAAAAUGGGGUGAAUCUUGCAAUAACAGAUGUGGUCACUGUGUUGACACUUCCUGCAACAGAAUGACUGGACAUUGUACGUGUCUGCCUGGAUGGGCUCCAAUUCGAUGUUCAGUCUGUGCAGAUAGAUUAUGGGGUGCGUCUUGCAACAAGACAUGUGGACAUUGUAAAGAGUCCUGUAGCGACUAUAAUGGAUGGUGUAAAUUCUGUCAAGAUGGCUUUUGGGGUCAGUCUUGCACUAAGAAAUGUGGUAAAUGUAAAGGACCUAAAUGUCACUUUCAUACUGGAAAUUGCACGUGCAAGUCUGGAUGGGCUCCGCCAAAAUGUACAGAAUCUAUUCUAAACACGCCAACCACGACGCCAACCACCACGCCAGAAUCUAUUCUAAAGACGCCAACCACCACGCCAACCACCACGCCAGCAUGUGCAGAUGGCUUUUGGGGUCAGUCUUGCUCUAAGACAUGUGGUGACUGUAAAGGAUCUAAAUGUGACAAAGAUACUGGAAGAUCUGACACUGUCGAAUGCGUGCUCAACUGA